UCUUCACAUCACUCCAUUGGCUGCGGCGGAGGGGGCGGAGAGGGGAAGAGAAACGCCGCCGGGGGUGGCGGAGAGGGAAAGAGAAAUGCCGCCGGAGGUGGUGAUUUAAAGAAGUUUCGCGUAGGUGGUGGCGGAGAGGGGAAGAGAAAUGCUGCCGGAGGUGGAGAUUUAAAGAAGUUUUGCGUAGGAGGUGGCGGAGAGGGAAAGAGAAAUGCCGCCGGAGGUGGUGAUUUAAAGAAGUUUCGCGUAGGAGGUGGCGGAGAGGGGAAAAGAAACGCCGCCGGGGGUGGCGGAGAGGGGAAGAGAAAUGUUGUCGGGGGUGAAGAUUUAAAGAAGCUUCGCACAGGAGGUGGCGGAGAGGUGAAGAGGAACGCCGCUGAAGGGGGCGGAGAAGUGAAGAGGAAAGUAGAAAGAGAUCUACGGGAAUGGUUCAGGUCCGGCGAUGAGCCAGCAAUGGCAAGAAAUGGAUGA